UUCUUCCUUGAACGCAAAGGAAGUUUCUUCGUUGGAAAACGCUGUCUCCAAUUCACAUCUCUCUCCCUCUCUCUGUACAUAAGUCAUAACUACAUAACAUACGUAUACGUGUGUGUAUAUAUAUUAACACUAUACUCUCUUAUCUUCGAUGGUCCUAUGAUCUUUUAUAUCUCCAUGGCCACAAGUAGAAUCUCACGUGUCUCAGGGUUUUUUCUUUGGAUCUCUGUUUUCCUCUUCGUCUCUAAAGGGUUGUUUGUUAAUUUCAGCUCCAUAGCCAUAAACUCUUUUCCUUCUCCGGUUAUAACCUCACCACCUCUUUACUACCGGCCGGGAAGAAGAGGUUUGGCGAUGAAAAAGUUUGACUUCACACCGUUCUUGCAAGAUCUUCACCGGAGUAAUCAUCAUCGAAAAGUUUCUCCGCCGGGAGGAUCAGAGAUCGACCCGAGAUAUGGCGUUGAGAAACGACUCGUCCCAUCUGGUCCAAACCCCUUGCACCACUGAUUGGUCUUCCUAUUUUUUUUUUCUCUUAAAUUUUCUUUAUUUUUUUUCUUCUAAAUAUUAUAUAGUAAAACAAGUAUAUUACUUGAAAAUUAACUUACAAGAGGAAAGCUAAUAUUAUUUCUUAGGAAGUACAUGUGUUGCAUUCUUUAUUCUUCUUUGU